CUGAUUCUGAUUGGUUGAACAAGGUUGUCCCACUUCCUGCUACAGCAGCAAUAAAAAGCAGGUUAUUAAAGCAGAAUCUACACAUUUACAAAACAUUCUUUGGGUUUGUGAGUGAAUUUUGUGCAUCUGCUUCAACAGACAUCUGACAAUGAAGUUGGCAGUACUCUUGUUUCUAUCUUCACUGCUGAGAGACUGUGGAGCUUGGCCAAAACCUGUGGACUGCAAUGACAUCCUCGAACACAAUGAUUACAAAUACCAGUCCCGUCAGAGUGGAGUCUACACCAUCCAUCCUUACGGAGAGAAAUUUGGAGUUCAGGCGUACUGUGACCUGGCAACAGAUGGGGGUGGCUGGACGGUGAUUCAGAGGAGAAUGGAUGGAACGGUGAACUUUUACAGACCCUGGAGUCAGUACAAGACUGGUUUUGGUGAAGCUGACGGAGAGCACUGGCUGGGUCUGGAGUUUAUUCACAUGUUGUCCAGUCGAAAACCACACGAGCUGUUGGUGGAGAUGGAGGACUUUGAGGGGAACAAAGCCUCAGCCAGAUACUCGUCCUUCUCUGUUGGCUCUGAGUGUGACGGGUACAAACUGCAGGUAUCAGGCUUCAUCGAUGGAGGAGCACGAGAUAGUCUAGCUGUUCACAACGGCAUGAAGUUCUCCACCUUUGAUAACGACCAGGAUACUUGGCCAGACAACUGUGCUAAAAAGUUUUUUGGAGCUUUUUGGUACUGCAACUGUCACGAUGCUAACCCAAAUGGAGCAUAUCGCUGGGGUGAGGACAACACUCUUUAUGCUGUUGGUGUGGUGUGGGAACAGUGGAAAGGAAAUGACUAUUCCCUGAAGGCCAUCAGCAUGAAGAUCCGCCCUGUAAAGUAGAGCUCUGCUGAUAAACCCCACACAACCCCAAACAAAAUUGACUUUUGUGAGGUUUAAACCAUGCUAUAAUGUCGUUACCGCCUAAAAAACGUACUUGGAGUUGUGUUUUGUUUCAUUCAUACAUGUUUGGGUAAUCCUUUUUUAUUAGUUUGUCUACAUCUCCUAACCUCAAAAUGCAAAAUGUAGUGGUAGUUUCAAGUUAGCAGCUCCUUUUACCUUUUGUUCAGCAGAGAUGGGCAAUUCCAAAGCUGAAAUCAUCCAAGUGAUUCCAGUAAAGGUGUAAGGAUUUUAAAAACACAGUGGAGAACUAAUCCGUGUAUCAUUCGUUCAUUCGUUUUUCAAUAUAAAACCAAAAAUAAGAAAAUGAAAAAAUAAAUACAUUUCUUCAUUAUUUGUCUCCAAAAACAGAUAAUGUCCAUUUCCCGUUUCCGUGACUUAAACUACGAUGCCGGAGUUUUGUGCCCCACGUCCUGGUCCCGGUCUGGUCCCGGUCUCAGUCCUGGUCCUGGGUUCAGUCUUGGUCUGGUCCCGGGUUCAGUCUUGGUCUGAUCCCGGGUUCAGUCUUGGUCUGGUCUCAGUCCUGGUCUGGCUCCUGUCUGGCCCCGGACCUGGAUUAGCCCUGGUUUAGUCCUGGUUUAGUCCAUAUGCGGCGCAAAAGUCCAACAUCGCAGUGUAAGUCAUGGAAACAGGAAACAGUCAUUAUCUUUUUUGUCCAUUCUUCAUUUAAACACAAAAUCGAAAACUGAAAAAAUGAAUCAUUAUCCAUUUUUUCAUUUUGGUUUUGGAGACAAAUAAUAAAGAAAAUAGUUGUUUUUUUGUUUUCUUAUUUUUGGUUUUAUAUUGAAAAAUUAAUUAACAAAUGAUACAUGGAUCAGAACUUCCUGUAUUAAGCAUGUGUGAAUGAAACAAAACACAACUCCAGAUAUUGAGAAGAAGUCGAUGGUAGAGAGCUUGCUGGAUCACCGCUGAAGUGAAAUACUAACGAUCAGGUGCUCUGCGGGAGAUCCCAAGUGGGCAAAUGACUUACUGGAUGAAAAAAGGAGAUCCGAGGCAGUCCAAUAUACUUUGCAUCUUCAUCAGGGAACGUAAAACUCACAGGUGUGUGUUAGAGUUAUUUAAAUGUGCAAGUCACAUGAUGACACCGUCUUGUGAUACAACCGUGUAAAUAUACAUUUUUAGACAUACAUAUUUAAAAAGGGACAAAGUGAUGCAUCACAAUAAUCAUACAUUGAAAAUCCAGCAGGACACAUUUACAAAAGAAUUAUACACCAGUGAAUAUUAUACAAAAGUACUAUGACACAGACAUUGGCAGGAGCUGCAAAUAUGAAAAACUGCAAUCUGAGUGUUACAGAUAAGGUGAGAGGGCCAUUUCCUAUAUGCUCAAUCACCAAGGAAUUCAGGCUACUGGAUAAUCAGUAUUUUGUGAACAAAUGGCAUAUUUAUGUUCUGCCGGGCGUUCUUUAAAUUUGUGUUUUCCACCUCCAUUCAUCCAAAAGAAUUGCAAUACUCACAUUGUCCAAUUGCUAAGAAAACUGGUGUAUGGGUAAGUUAUUGCCAAGAAAGCCAAAAUCUCAAAUUUUAGCAUGAUCAGACCAACGGUUUCUGAGAUGUUGCAAUUUUAUUUUUUCACUUUUUUGCGUGGUCGCUGAAUUUGAAAUUGCAUUUACUCAGCAACUACUGGUCUGAUAUCAAAAACCAAGGUAUCUACUACAACAUAUUUAAAAAAUCUGGAGGGGUUUUCUUUUUUAUUUUCACACAAAUUUACCUAGAAGUUGACUUACCUCCAUCUUAAGACGUGCCAAAUAUCCUGUGGCAAAAAACUGUCGCUGUGUCCUUAGGCAAGACACUUCACCCACAUUGCCUAGUAUGAAAGUGGUGUGAGCGUGAGUGAUGGUGGUGGUCGGAGGGGCCGAUGACGCAGAUUGGCAACCUCGCUUCCAUCAGUCUGCCCCAGGGCAGCUGUGGCUACAGUAGUAGUUUACCACCACUGAGUGUGGAGUGACUGAAUAAUGAACUGUAAAGUGCUUUGAGUAUCUUGAAAGGCGCUAUAAAAAUGCUAUCAAUCAAUCAUUCAGUGACACUUAUACACACAGAGUCCAAGUUGAUAUACCGUAUUUUCCGGGCGAUUAGCCGCGGUCUUAAGCCUCUAACUGCAUCAAAAAACAACCGCGCGCCCAGCAAUCCAGAGCUCCCCAUACACAAAUCCACUCGGGUGUUCCAGCAAGACUUCAGUAAACUACAAAGCCGCACCACCCACAGAACACGCAAACACACACAGAGCAGACAGCAACCACACAGCAAAAAACACCCACAGCCAAACUCAUCACUCCACGCUGACGAGGAACGGAACUGAGGAACGAACUGAAAAAGCGAGUCCUAUGUGGCACUCUGAGCAACAACUGAACAACUGAGUCAUCGCGAUCGAUCCAGUGGCCCCAGCGGUGCGAGACAGCACCCUCCCUACGCACCACAAUUGAACAAAGCCCAGAGUCACCGUGAACGCCACAAACAAACAAAACCACUGACCCAUCCAACUGUUGUGUUUCUUUUAAAGUAUGGUGCGGUUUAUUUGUGAAAAAAAAUUGAAAAUAGACCAUUUAAUGACAGUGCGCCUUAUAACCCAGAGCGCCUAAUCUUCCAUAAAAUACGGUACUCCAAAAAAACCAUCAAUCACACAGUACCAAAAGUCAUUGAUUUGGACUCCUCAUGAUUUCCCCUUUCCAGAGUUACCUUGGUUUUUGAUAUCGAACCAGUAGUUGUUGAGUAAAUGCAAUGAGAAAUUCAGUGACCACGCAAAAAAGUGAAAAAAUGAAAUUGUGAUAUCUCGGAAAUUGUUGGUACAAUCAAAGUAAAAUUUGAAAUUUUGGCUUUUCCGGCUAUGCUUUACCUACAUACCAAGUUUCAUCAAAAUUUGACAAAGGGUUUAACUCACUGAGUGAACUGAGGUGGACUGACCCGUUUAGUCCUGCCAACAUAAAACCAUAAAAACUUUGGGCAUGUGACAUGAAAUAAAAUCAUAGCAAAAUAUA